UCCGAGGUGUAUCAAUCCUUUUUGUCGAAAGAUUUUAGGUUCUGGUUAGUGAUUCACCAAACGAAUUUCUUUGGAAACUUCUUUUACUGUGAUCGUUUUCAGCAAAUUAGCGAAAGAUGGGGAAAGUGAAAUGUUCCGAUUUGAGGACAAAAGACAAAAAAGAGCUUUUAAAACAGCUCGAUGACUUAAAGAAGGAACUGACCAGUUUGAGGGUUGCCAAAGUUACUGGUGGGGCCCCUUCAAAAUUAUCUAAAAUCCGAGUAGUUCGUAAGGCGAUAGCUCGUGUAUAUAUUGUUAUGCACCAAAAGCAAAAAGAAAAUUUACGAAAGUUAUACAAGAAUAAAAAGUAUAAGCCCCUAGACCUUAGACCAAAGAAGACCAGAGCUAUUCGCAGGGCACUGUCAAAACAUGAACAGAAAAUUAAGACACCAAAAGAGAUCAGGAAAUUAUCUAUCUUUCCUCAGAGAAAGUUUGCAUUGAAAGCAUAAGAGUUAGUAAAUAAACAAGUUCUGUAAUAA